UUACAGACUGUUACGCCAAGGAAAAAUAAAAAAGGUGAAAGGUGUCUCUCUGAAGCAAGCUCUCUCUUUUUUUCAUUUUCUCCACACAUUAUAUAUCUACAGUAUCUUCUUCUUACAUAAAGAGAGACUCUGUGUGUGCGUUUCAGCAGGGCAUGGUGAGAGAGAAGAGAUAAAAGCAAACUUCUUUCUUCGAUUUGGGAAUAUUUAAAGAUUGCAUUUUUCAGCAAACACCAUUGUAGUAACAAGUAUUCAUACAUAACAACACUGUUAAAAAAAAAAACUUUACUAAAGUUUGAAGAUUGAUCGGAAGAAAAAUCGAAUUUUGAUCAAUGCUGGAUCGGCUAAUUUGUCGUUUCAUUUGAGAAUCUUAUGAACGAUUCACACAUUUUGCUCUAAGCAAGAGUCUUUUCACUUGUGUGAGAUAUGAAGGCUGAUACUGUUCUUGACUAUGCUGUGUUUGAGCUUUCUCCCAAAAAUUCACGAUAUGAACUGUUUGUAUGGAGUAAUGAAGAAGAAGAGAAACUGGCUUCAGGAUUGAUACAACCCUUUCUCAAUCAUUUGAGAGUUCUUGAAUCACAAGCUUCGCAGAGAACAGAAUCUUCUAUUAGACUGGAAUUUAAAAAAAGUGACAAUGGCGUAAAAUCUUGGUUCACAAAAAGAACAGUUGAAAGAUUUGUUCUAUAUGUUAAUAGUCCAGAAUUGUUGGAAAGAGUCAAUACAUUUGAUUUGGAGAUGUCACAGUUGGAAGCAGCUCGGACAUUAUAUUCUCAAGGUAUGCUUUAUUUCUCAUUAGCUCAAUCAAAUUCAAAGCUUACGUCCAAACUUGAUCCUAUUUUUUUUUUCUCCUAUUCUUUUUCAGAAGAUGGAGGCGUAGCAGAUACAACAAAGAAGGAGCUCUCAAGAGCUAUAGAUUUGAGACUCGAGGCAAUUAAAAAGGACUUAACCACGGCGAUUGCUCAUGCAUCAGCUAAUGGUUUCGACCCUCAAACUGUUUCUGAUCUCCAGCUUUUUGCUGAUAGAUUUGGCGCACAUCGUUUGGAUGAAGCAUGCGGCAAAUACAUUUCACUAUCGCAAAGAAGACCAGACCUGAUCACCAAGAACCUGAAUACUAAUACACAAACAUCAGUCAAUGAAACACAUAUCAGUCCCCAUCAAAGUACUAAGAGCAACACAAAGAAUGAGGAGGAGAAAAGCGAUGAGAGUUUGGAAGAAUCUUCUACUGUUAAGACCAUUCAUCAUACAAGGAGACUUAGCGUACAAGAUAGGAUUAACCUCUUUGAGAGCAAACAAAAGGAAAACUCAAACUCCACGGGAAACAAACCGAUAGUUGUUGCGAAAUCCACAGAAUUGAAGAGACUUUCCUCUGAUGUCUCAUCAGCUGCUACUACAUUCCCUGAGAAGUCUGUUUUGAGAAGAUGGAGUAUUGUUAGUGACAUGAGCUUUGAUUUUACAAUGGAUAAUAAGAAGUCUGACUGUGGUAGCACCGAAGAAGGUCUUUUGAGUACACCUUCGUCCAUUCCUGAUGCCACAUUCCCCGAGGAGCCUGAAGAGAACAGUACAAAGGAAGAUGAUGAUGUGCGUUCAAGUAAAUCUGAUGAUUUUCAAAACCAGACUGAUAGUCCAGGGAGCGUCAUGACUGAUGGCAAUUCCAUGCAGAGAGAAGAGGAGAGCUAUGCAUCCAAAUCACAGAAUAUGGCACAAUCAUCAGUCAUGUUUCCUUAUCGACACUCGCGUUCUCGGUCGGCUCAUGUUGCAGGUGGUAUUGAUAUCAAAAGUGAUGAACGUCAAUCGAAAGGCAGGAAGAAAGAGCUGUUUCCAUCAGACAAGCAAUCAGCCUUAAAACCCUCUACAAAACCAGUUUCUGCAGGGUCUAAUGAACAGAGACAAAAAUCAUUUGGUGUUGAGGAUGAUCUUGAGGUUAGUCUUGUAAAUGCAGAAUCAGCUGGGAAAAGUUACAAUAAUAGAGUUCGUGCGACAUCUGUGGAUCAAACACAGAGGACAAGAAUGUCUAGAGAAAGCCCUCCAGGAUUUGAUGAUGAGUUGCAAAUAAAGGCUGAUGACGAUAAAGACCACGGUAAUGUUGUACUGCGUCGGAACUUAUCUGAGUUAAGAUUCUCAGAUGACUCUAAAGGAAAGUUGUAUGAAGAGUAUAUGAAGAAAAGGGAUGCAAAACUAAGAGAAGAGUGGAGUUCAAAAGAAACUAAGUUGAAGUCAAUGCAAGAAGCUCUUGACCGAAGUAGAACUGAGAUGAAGGCUAAGUUUUCUACUGCUUCCGUAAAGAGGCAGGAUUCGAUGUCAAGUACCCGCCAACGUGCAGAGAAGUUCAGAUCUUUUAAUUCUCGGACAAGUACAAAAAAGUGUCAGCAUCCUAUAAGCUCAUUACAGAGUGCAGAAGAAAAUGAAAAAGACAAGCCAGUCAGUGGACAUCCCAUUGGAAAAAAUGCUUCUAGAAGCUCCCAAGUAAGAAAGGUUCCAUCACCAAACCGAAGCUCCAGAGUCUCGAAACCGUCAGGUAAAGUUUCAAACACAAACAUUAAUACUUCCGGGAGAGGGAGAAAAACAGCAGACAUAAACCUGGUUGCACAAUCUUCUCUCCCUAAAUUCUCUGUUCUUAAAAAGGAAAACACAAAACCAUCUGCUUUAGCUGGUAGAAAUACUACUGCUACUACUACCAUGAUGCGAACACAGGUGAGAAGUAGUAAUAAGAAGACUUCAAAGGAAGAUAUACCCUCUCCUGUUGUGCAACGAAGACCACGAUCACUAAGGAAAAGCUUCUCUGCAAACAUAGAAUUCACAGAGUUGACAACUCUGUAUUCUGAUGAUAUGAUGAACAAUGAGAGGAAUCAGAAGCAGAACACAGAAGACAAUGAUGAUGUAUCAGAGAAUUUGAAAGUUGAAGAAUUUGAUGACCUUGAAUCCGAGGCAGAGGAAGAAGAAAAAGAAGUUUUGGAGAAUCCUGUCAAAGAAGAAGAAGAAGAAGAAGAAGAAGCUAGAGAAAUGGAAAAUCUAGUAGUUGAGGAUAUUGGUGAUGAAACGCCUUCACUUACUGAAAUAGUUGAGAACUCAUCAGAGGAUGAAAAUUUCACUACAUUGAGAUCAGUUUCUCAUGUAGACUUACCUGCGAAUACUCUACCUUCAUCAACACUGCAGCAUAAUGUUGCCUCGUUAUUGGAUUCACCUAAUGAGAGUCCUCUUUCGUGGAGCUCGAACUUGCAACACGCGUUCUCUUAUCCACACGAGCACUCGGAUGUUGAUGCUUCAGUGGAUGAUUCUCCCAUGGGAAGUCCAGCUUCUUGGAGUUCAAGAAUGAGGAAGAAAUGGGGAUCAACAGCUCAGAGUCCUGUUCUUGUUCCUAACUCUCGGAAGGAUUUAACAAAAGGGAUCAAACGUUUUCUCAAGUUUGGGAAGAAACCUCGUGCUGCGGAUAGUCCAAUGGAUUGGGUUUCUGUAACAACAUCUGAAGGAGACGAUGACUUUGCUUACCGAUCAUCGGAUGAGUUAAGAAAAUCAAGAAUGGCAUCUUCUCAGAGUCAGUUUUCUGAGGAUGAACAAGCUUUAAACAAUUUGAUUCAGCCGCAUCAUCAUCAAGGGAGCUUUAAAGUGAAAGAUGGUGAAUUUAAGCGAUCAUUCUUCUCACUUUCUACAUUCCGUAGCAAAGGAAACGACUCGAAGCCAAGAUAGCAGAAGACCAGAACCGAACUCUCUAUGUUUUCCUUUACAACAGCACAAGUACAAAGUUUGCAGUGUUGAAAGUUAACUACUUAGAUUCGAUUUUUAAUAUCUAAAUGAGAUCAACAUUAUUUAGAUACU